AUCAAGAACCCAAUUAGAGGAAUCAGACAACAGUGCACCGGUAAUCCUUUUGAAAAGCCGACGACGAGAAGACGGAAGGAUUUUUUUUUAUUGUUCUCGUUUGUUGACAAGUCAAAAUACAUUUUUAUAUACGAAAAGGAAAGCUUGAUCCAACAAGAAAAUCCACAAACAAACAACAAAAAUGGCCGACGACAAUAAAGUUUGCACGUUUACAUUCAAGAAACGAAGAGGAGGAGGAGCCGCCAUGAGGAGAAAAGCUGAUGAUGACAAGAAAAGCAGCAGCGAAGAUGAAACUGUUGUUGCUCGAGUGGGGAAAAAGGAAUCGGCUGGACUUCUUUCGGCUAAAACUUUCAAAUCCACGAAAAAGUCCCGUCAAGAAAUCCAAAACAGCUCUGAUGAGGAAGUCAAGGAAAAGGUCACAGUCGUCUUCCAGUCUGACAGAAGUGCUGAGAACAAGAAAGAUGAUCUUGCCACUUCCACAGUUCAGAUCGACACUGCCAUCGAUCAAGAUGCCAGGACAAUUUUUGAGAAAUCUUUGCAAAUCCAGCAGGAGCUGAAAGGCAAAGCAGAUGACAAGAAAUAUCGUGGCCUUGCUAACUAUGCCCAGUACUACGAGAAAAGAGAUACAGCCCAAGGAAAUGCUGCAUCUGCCAAUGUGAGAAAAGGCCCUAUGCGAGCCCCAGCCAACAUCAGGUCAACAGUGAGAUGGGAUUACCAACCAGAUCUUUGUAAAGAUUACAAGGAAACGGGUUUCUGCGGUUUCGGAGACAGUUGUAAGUUCUUGCACGACCGUUCCGAUUAUAAAUUCGGAUGGCAGUUGGAGCGAGAAGAAAGGGGAAAAGGUGAGCCGGCCGAAGACGACUCAAAGUAUGAAAUACACUCGGACGACGAAGAUUUGCCCUUCAAGUGUUUCAUCUGUCGCGAGUCGUUCCAACAUCCCGUUGUCUCCAAGUGUAAGCAUUAUUUCUGCGAGGCCUGCGCCUUGAAACAUUACCGCAAAUCGCAGCGGUGUUUUGUUUGCGGCAAACAAACUUUUGGUGUCUUUAACCCGGCAAAGAGCCUCAUUGAGCGGCUCAAGUUGGAGGAAGAAGGCAAAACUUACAAGGAAGCAGACAGCGACGAGGAGCUCAACAACUUGGAAUUGAUUAUGCAGCCGUCUGGCAGCACUACUGGUAAACCUACGGGAGCAACAGCAGAUGUGGAAGAGCCCGUUACGGAGAUUGAGCACAUUCACUACGCAGACGAAGGAGUCGUGGCCAACGAUACGGAUUCAGAUGAUGACAGCGAUUGAGGAUAAGAUCAUCUUUAUUUUUUCCCCCCUACCAUUCACGUGUAAGAAUACAUUAUUUUGUAAUU